AUGCCGAUGAUCAAGCUGCAGAGCAGUGAUGAGGAGAUCUUCGAGGUGGACGUCGAUGUGGCCCGCAUGUCCGUCACCCUGCGCACCAUGCUGGACGACCUGGGCAUCGAGGAGGACGACGGCGAGCCCAUUCCGGUGCAGAACGUCAACAGCUCCAUUCUCCGCAAGGUGAUCCAGUGGGCGACGUACCACAAGAACGAUCCGCCCACCCCGGAGGAUGAUGACACGCGCGAGAAGCGCACUGACGACAUCUCCUCCUGGGAUGCUGACUUCCUCAAGGUCGACCAGGGCACGCUCUUCGAGAUCAUCCUCGCCGCCAACUACUUGGACAUCAAGGGACUCCUGGACGUCACCUGCAAGACCGUGGCGAACAUGAUCCGCGGCAAGACCCCGGAGGAGAUCCGCAAGACGUUCAACAUUAAGAACGACUUUACUCCUCAGGAAGAAGAGCAGAUCCGCCGAGAGAAUGAGUGGUGCGAGGAGAAGUAA